CAAGCUAUCUCCACUGCCAGAGUCCAGAAGAGUGCGAAACGGGAGCUUCUUCAACGCACCGUCAGGAACAAAGCUUUCUCCACGAAAGACGCGGUUCCACUACCACAUACCUACGCACGGACAAAGAUACUCCUCCCACACAAGAAUUCCGACGGCCUGAGCCUGCACCUGCGACUUUUGCGCGACUACUAGAAGGUUGCUUCGAAGAAAGCCACCGAACAUGGCUUCGAUACCCACCCACCAUAUUCCUUCAUCUCGCAACAUUCGCAUCUUCCUUGUGCUCGUCUCCGCGGCGACACUUCCGUUCAUUGUAGCGGCGGCUGGCGAAACGUACGCGGCUCCGAGGGUCAACGCAAGGCGCGACGGGGAAGCCUCACGCCCAAGACCGAUUCAACCGAGUCAACGCAGUCAAUCCGGUCAGCUGAGUCCAGCGGAAAGAUCAAGCAGCGGGGGCUCUCGUCCAAGCAGCCCUCGGAACGGCGGCGGUGGCGAAAGCGGCGUCUCACAACUCGCGAAGCCAGCGAGCAUCGUGGACAUGAUGGCCGUAUCGCGAUCUGGCGUCUCUUGGCGCGGGAAUCUGCCACGUGCGUCGAGCCGCGCUGAAGGCGCCGGGGACGCGAACUCCGACGGCUGGGAUACUAAGAACGAUACGCGCUUUCGCCGGGCGGUGCUCAAAGGAAGCAGCAGCAGCGGUGGCAGGAGUAGCAGCAGCAGCAGCGGUAAGUCGAGCGGCAAAAGCAGCGGCAGCAGCAGAAGCAGCGGAGGCAGCAAAGGCAGCGGUGGGGUUAGCAGAAUAGCCAAGGGGCGGACCAAUUUCAGGGUGCAUUCUAGCGUGCGAAACGACGACGACGACCAAUGCGACAAUCUUUUCGAUAGUUACGCAAAUUGUGUUACGGCUGGGACGUGCGACGACAAGCUCGAGAGUUGUACAUUGAGUAGCGGGGUUACGUGCGAGAGUGAUUUCACCGACUGCUUGAACAAGAACCAACCCGCUUGUGAGGAUUUGUAUUCGAAUUAUGAUAACUGCGUCAACAGUGCUGGCGAGAGGUUCAAGGUAUCGCUAAAGCUUGUGUGGAUGGCGGUUGCAGCUGCUCUGCUGGCCACUGUAAUCUGAGAAUAGCCUGGAGCUUCUUAGCUUGUGUGCCUGUGUCUCUUUGCCUUAAGCAGUCGAUGUUGACUGCAAUAAGACAUGUUGCAUGCAUGCUGCAUGUUGCAACAUGCGAGAUGAAAUUGAUGUUGCAGCUGGUGGCAGCAGCAGCUCUAAUGGCACUGGAGGAACCUGGUGGGUAGAGUCUCAUACCCAUUUGACUCAGAUGUCGAAGGAUACUCCACAUAAGGGCGUAUUCCUACAAAGUAG